GGGAAACUCGUAAACAGUACACGGCUAAACAGCUUUCGUUCAUAAUGGGAGCUCAUUCGAGUCAUUUAAGUUGUUAGCGUUAAGUUUUUAUAGAGUCAAAUCGCUGAGCUCAACUGCUGACAUGGAUCGCUACAACGAGGUGAAACUUCAGCUGAAAACCUGGGAGCAGGGAUUUCUCAAAGAGCACCAGAGGAAACCUAACAAGGAGGACAUUGAUCAGGCUCCCGAAGACACUAGGAGGCUGUAUAAAGAGUACCGCAGUUUGAAACAAGCCAAAGAGAACAGCAGCAGUGAGGCAGACAGUGGUCACGCUCAGGCUACUGCCCAGAAGGACUCAGACUGUUGGGGUGCCCACUUGAAUCGCAGUGCAUUGCCGGUGGCUUCUCCCAGGCUGACAGCCCAGGACAAAGACAAUCUGAAGGCUUCUUCCCAAUAUUAUGGAAUAAAGCUUAAACACAACCUGGCUACUCUCAGUAAGGAGAGACCGGUCUCAUUGAAGAAAUCGUACCUUCCUGGUCGACUGCCUCUAAACUCCUUAAAAGAUGGACAAGCUACCCCGAUAAAAAGCCCCAGUUUGAGUGCUGGCAGUUUAAAGUCCACAGCCGCUGUGCUCGAAUUCAGCCCCUUUUCUCCAAGACGAACUAAACCGUGUCUGGGUUCCUCGUCUUCAAAGACUUUCCAACCCGUGGAGUCUGAAGAGCCGUUUGAACCAUUUGAACCUGUCAGACUUUCUAGUGAUGAACCCGCAGAUGCCGCUAGUAUUUGCACCACGAGCAGUAGUAGUAAUGACAAUGGUUUAAUUAGUAAAGAUGGUCACUCACGUUUUAGUGCAUCCACUGAAGCUCCUUCUACAGCCACAACCCCUGGCCGUUUGUCAAGUUUAUCUCCUCCGUGCACUGUAGGGACUUCAAAAGGAGUUGUUGGAGACAAAAAAGAAAAUGGUGAAAUAUUACAGACUCAAGGUACAGACUCUGAAGGUGCUGGAACUGAAGUUGACAUGAAAGGGACCCCACAUUUUAUUGGAGGUUUCAGAGGAGGAAUUGUAGGCAGAGGCUUGGGAGGAAGGCCGUCACCUGCCAGCAGACUGAAUUUUCUUGACAGGAAGUGGCUAGAGAGAUGUCAGGUGUUUGGAGAGAUGGGAGCUGAGGAGAAGCCAGUAUCAGGCAACAAGGAGAUUAUUGUGGAGAAAAGAGAAAAUGUUCAAGAAACUGGAGGGAAAAUGCAAAAGGGUGAAAGAGCAGGAAAAGAAGAAACAGAUAUGGAGAGUGAAAGAAACCAGUUGCUUGACUUGGGGAGAGAUGAAAUAAUCACGAGUGACACAAUGAUCUCUGAUGAUGCGCCCAAAUCUGCUCAACAAAAAGCCGCUGGAAAAGGCAAAGGAGGGAGGAGAGGGGGAGAGAAAAGGAAGAAAGGUGAGGAAAUCGAGAAGAAGACAGAUGCAGAACCAGAAAAUGACGUCACGAUCAGUCCCAAACCCAAAGGUACAAAGAAGAGGAGGAAGAGGCAGAGAGAGGAGGAUGACAUGGACGGAGAUGCUACAGAAGAAGGAGGGGUAAAAAAGAGGCGGAGGAAUGUUAAAAAGAAAGAGGGGGACUCUGAAGUUAACUCCAGCCCGGCUAAUGGAGGGAAGAAAAAGAGAAGCAAGAAAAAAGGAGGAGAAGAUGGAGAGGGCGAAGAGGAGAAAGAAGCCAGUGUACCAAAAAAAGUGCCCCAAGAGAACUUGUUCGGAGAUCUGGAGGGAGAAUUUGUACCUAACAAAAUGUAUCGCACAGAGUCGGCCAGAGCCAGAGUAAUGAAAGGAGCAGAGGGCAACUUUGUGAAGAUAAAUCUGAAAAAGAAAUCUCACGUCAAAGGAUAUGCUCUAAGAGGGAUGGCGCUACGCAAACAGUUAUACAUGCAGAAGUUCCAGCUGAAAGGAGAGCGCUUCGGAGGAGGAGGGGGCUUUCUGGGCAGAGGAAGGAGGGGAGGGUUUAGAGGGGGGAUGAGCCGUCAGGGCGACACCUGCUACAAGUGUGGAGGGACCGGCCACUGGGCCAUCGACUGCAAGGGACGAGCUCCUCCGCCUCCUGUUCUCAUGGACACGCCCGUUGAAGAGGAGCCUUUUGAGCUGCCCACCCUGGAGGAUGUUGCCAGGGCAACGGGAACGCUGAAACCUCAGACACUGGCGGCUCCUCCCGGUAUCGGAGAAGAUCAGGAAAAGGAAAACAUGGACCAGAAAGAUGAGGUGUUGCUGAACGUUAUCCGUCCUGACUAUGAACGUCCUCCUCCUCCUCCGCCCAUGGAGCCACUUUAUCACCUCAGCGACGAUGGGAAGGUCCAGGAAACACCGGAUGAAGUCUACGCUGCUCUGAAAAACCUUGGCUAUCAGUCAUUCAGAGCUGGGCAGGAGGAAGCCAUCAUGAGGAUCCUGUCAGGGCUCUCUACUCUUGUUGUGUUGUCGACUGGGAUGGGAAAAUCGCUGUGCUACCAGCUCCCAGCUUACCUCUACGCUCAGCGAUCAAAAUGCAUCACUUUGGUCAUUUCCCCUCUUGUUUCUCUAAUGGACGACCAGCUGUCAGGCCUGCCAGCCACUCUGAAAGCUGCCUGUAUCCACUCCAACAUGACGAGGAAACAGAGAGAAGCAGUCAUAGAGAAGGUGAAGUCAGGCCAGGUGUGUUUGCUGCUGCUCUCUCCAGAGGCCCUGGUUGGUGGAGGAGGUUCAGGUUCAGGGUGUCUGCCCUCUGCUCAGGAGCUCCCCCCUGUGGCCUUUGCGUGCAUAGACGAAGCCCACUGCGUGUCGGAGUGGUCGCACAACUUCAGACCCUGCUACCUAAGGCUCUGCAAGGUGCUGCGGGAGCGACUGGGCGUGCGGUGCCUGCUAGGACUCACGGCCACAGCCACACUUUCCACUGCUCUGGACAUCGCACAUCAUCUGAACAUCCACGACGAGGACGGCAUUGCUGUCAGAUCUGCAGCCGUGCCUCCAAACCUGAACCUGUCUGUGUCCAUGGACAGAGAAAAGGAUCAGGCUUUAGUCUCCUUGCUGAAAGGUGAUCGUUUUGGUUGUCUGGACUCCAUUAUUGUCUACUGCACCAGAAGAGAGGAGACGACUCGCGUGGCAGCUUUGCUCAGGACCUGCCUGCAGGGCGUCCUGUUGAAAGAAAACAAGCACGCCAGCGGCAACAGCCAGCCACAGAACAACCCUAUAGGACAGAGAAAGAAAGAACUGGCUCGGAAGAAGAUCCGCAAACCGUUGAAAUGGAUGGCUGAGUCCUACCACGCCGGCCUGUCGGGGUCAGAGCGCAGACGCGUCCAGAACAACUUCAUGUGCGGGGAGCUCAGAGUCGUCGUGGCCACUGUGGCGUUCGGCAUGGGCCUGGAUAAAUCUGACGUCAGGGGCAUCAUCCACUACAACAUGCCCAAGAGCUUUGAGAGCUACGUCCAAGAAAUCGGGAGAGCAGGGAGAGACGGAGAACCAGCUCACUGUCACCUCUUCCUGGACCCAGAGGGCUGCGAUCUCCACGAGCUCCGUCGCCAUAUCUAUGCAGACACAGUGGACUACUACACGGUAAAGAGACUGGUCCAGAAAGUCUUCCCAGCAUGCAAGUGUAAACAGAUACACCAGAAACAACAGGAGCUCAUCAAGGAUGUUGAAGACUCGGAGCUGUUGGAUGUGAUGGAUGUGUACGAUCAGAACCCUCCUUCUCCGCAAGAAGUUGCACCUGCAGACAAAUCAGAAGCCACUGCUGCACAGUCCAAGGAGGUGUCAGAUUCAGCCGAGCCGUGCCUCCAGGAAGACGUGGAUGGAGGAAAGGUGAAGGACGAGGAGAAGGAGAAGGAAGAAGACCAGACGGUUAAAGACGAGGAAGCUGACUGGCAGAGGGACCGGGCGGUGGAGGACAGCGAUUGGCCCAAAGAGCGAGUGUGUCACACACACGAGAGAGCGAUCCCCAUCCAAGAAACCGUGGAGGCUCUGGACAUCACAGAGGAAGGCGUGGAAACACUGCUCUGCUAUCUGGAGCUGCAUCCACAGCGCUUUGUGGAGCUUCUCCACCCGACCCUGUCUGUGUGUAAAGUCAGCUGCUACGAUGGACCGAGGCAGCUCCGGAAAAUCACUAAAAUUUGCCCCCCGAUUGCCGUAGUGUUGGCCAGGAGGCGGAUGGCCGGCGAGCGGGUGGAGGCGUGCGAUCAGGUGGAGUUUGAUGUUGUCGAGGUGGCGGACACUAUGGGAUGGCAGCUUCCUCUCGUGAAGAGAGGACUUAGGCAGCUGCAGUGGAGCACUGGCACAGCCGGCGGACGUAGCGGCGUUCUCGUCGAAUUCUCCUCCCCGUCCUUCUACUUCCGUUCCUUCGGCGACCUGAGCGAUGAGGAGAUGGACAGAGUUUGUCGCUUCCUCCAUAAUCGUGUGCAGGACCAAGAGAGGACGCAGCUCUUCCAGCUGACGUCCUCCUUUAAAGCCUUCAAGAGUGUCGCCUUCCAGAGUGUGUUGUCCUGCCUGGACGACUUGGACGAGAGUCGCAGUUUGCAGCUGAAGAGCCUCCUCUCUGAGUACUUUGACAAGAGGCGAGACAGAGACCACGCGCUCAAACCGGUGGACCUGGAGGAGCUCAACAAAUAUAAGAUGUUGGACUGGGAGAACCAGAUCAGAGCCGACAUCAGAAAUUUUCUUGCCAACCGAAGUGACGAGAAGUUUUCUGGAAGAGCUGUUGCUCGAAUCUUGCACGGCAUAGGUAGUCCCUGUUAUCCGGCUCAAACUUAUGGCAAAGACCGACGUUACUGGAGGAAAUACAUCCAGUUUGACUUCAACCAGCUCAUCAGACUGGCCACUCAGGAGAUCAUCCGCUUCAAGUGACCCACCCAAACAGGCACUAACUUUGCUAGAAAGUGUAUAUAUAUAUAUUUUUUUUUUUAAUAUUAUAUUCCACUAUGUUGAACUAUUUAACUGA